AUGCGUCACUCACAAGAUACAAUUAUAACAAAAACAAGUGAUAAUCCAAAAGAAUUUACUCAUAUCACAUUUAUUCCCGAUUUAAAACAAUUUCAAAUGGAUAAAUUCGAUGAUGAUCUUGUUGCAUUAUUUAAACGACGUGCUUAUGAUAUAGCUGUAUCAACUGAUUGUAAAGUAACACUUAAUGGCAAACGAAUACCAAUCAAAAAUAUGAAAGAUUACAUGUUAAUGUACAUCGAAACAACAGAAAAAGAAAUUGUUUAUAAAAAAGUAAAUGAUCGUUGGGAAAUUGGUCUUGCUUAA